GCCUUUCGGCUGGGAGUGGGCAGUAUGAAUGGAGGCCUACAUGCUGCACUGACACCUGGUGUGCUGAACGGACCUUAUCCUUGCUGUGCGGUUGCUAACGUGUGCCCUGACGUGCCUCCCCUCCCGUAGUGACAUCCUGAACGGCUCGGCGGUGUGCGUGUACCGCAUGGAGGACAUGGCACGCGUCUUCAAGGGGAACUUCCUGCACAAGGAGGGACCGCAGUACAAGUGGGCGGAGUUUACCGGCAAGGUGCCCUUCCCGCGACCCGGAACUUGUCCCAGCAGCACCUAUGGGAGCUACACGUCUACCAGGGAGUAUCCAGAUGAUGUCAUCUUCUUCAGUAGGACCCACCCACUGCUUGAGGAGAUCGUGGCGCCGCUGGGAGAGCGCCCACUGCUGGUCAGAGUGGGGGUUCACUACAAAUUCACCAAGCUGGUGGUGGACCGGGUGGAGGCUGUGGACGGAACCUAUGACGUCCUCUACAUCGGCACUGAUUCGGGUCUGGUUCUCAAGUCAAUCCACCUCCCCAGAGAUGACGGGCAGAGCCAGGAGAUCACCCUGGAGGAACUACAGGUCUUCAAGCUCGAAUCACCAGUGACAGCCAUGACACUCUCCAAAAAGAAGCAGUGGUUGUUCGUGGGCUCCAGGGAGGGCCUGUCCCAGCUGGCUCUGUAUCAGUGUGAGCUCUACGGCCAGGCCUGUGCAGAGUGUUGCCUUGCCAGAGACCCCUACUGCACCUGGGACGGCCACGCCUGCAGCCCCUACAUGCCCGUCGCCCGCAGGAGGAACGCUCGUCAUCUGGGCCAGGAAGAAGACCCGCUCAAACAGUGUGCCAGACAGGGAGCGGGUCUGCACGUGGAGGCGGAGCAACGGGCGAUGAUGGUUGCCGAGGGCAACAGCACCUACCUGGAGUGUCUGCCGCGGUCCAGGCACGCCGCGGUCACAUGGUACAAGCAGGCAGGAGAGAACAGCCCCGAACUACACAAGGUGGUGUCAGGUGACCAGCUGGUGCUGUUCGAGCGGGGCGUCCUGAUUCGCCGUGCCGAGCUGUCCCACGGCGGCGUCUACCACUGCCAGCUGGAGGAGCACGGCUUCCUCUGGACGGCCGUCACCUUCCGCCUGUCCGUCUGGAGCUCCUCGGCCAAUCACGUCAUCACUUCCUGGUCCGAGCCCACCAAUCAGCACACGGCAGCGGGGCCGGGGGCGGGGCCAGGAAGCUGGUACCAGGACGUGAUGCCGCUGAUCCACCCCGGCGACCUGGGCCAGCACUGCCGGGCCAUCGGAUACCGGCCCCCGCGCAACCACCGUCACCAUGGCGACCUGAAGAAGAGCCAGAGGCAGAAGCACGGAGCGGAAGAAGGAGGAAGGGGCGGUGUGGGAGGAAGAGGAGGAGGAGGGAGAGGGCGCGUGGGAGGAGGAGGAGGAGGAAGAGGAGGAGGGAGGAAGAGCAGGAGCAAGCCGCAGCUCCGGGCCCCGAGGAGCGCCUGAAUGUUGUGGAGAGACGAGAGGAAGCCAUGGAAACACACUGAGACACACACACACACACACACACACACACACACACUGAGACAUGAACACACACACACACACACACACACACACACACACACACACUGAGACACAAACACACCCACACACACUAAGACAUGAACACACACACACACACACCUACACACACACACACACACACACACAAACUCACUGAGACACAAACACACACACACACACUGAGACAUGAACACACUGAGACAUGAACACAUAUACGCACACACACACUGAGCCAUGAACACACACACACACACACACACACACACACACUGAGACAUUAACACAUAUACGCACACACACACACUGAGACAUGAACACACACACACACACUGAGACAUUAACACAUAUACGCACACACACUCCCUGAGACAUGAACACACACACACACUGAGACAUGAACACGUAUACGCACACACACACACACACACUGAGACAUGAACACACACACACUGAGACAUGAACACACCCACACACACAUACACACCCAUGCCCACAUGCCGCAAAUCACUCACACUAACACACAAACACACUGUGUAGUCACAUACGCUUUCGAUACACACACACACACCCACUCACACACACACACACACAAUGUCUACUCAAACAUGUGUUCAACCGGAUACAAACACACGCACGCUGUCUACUUACUUACUUUCUACUCACAGCCACACACACACACACAUCCAUGUGCAUGUACGCACACACACACACAAACACAAACACACACACAAAGGAUAAAGGACAGUAGUGAAGUGUACUGAGUUACGCAGAUUGUGUAUAUAUGAACACACUAACACAUUCUUUCAAACUGAAAUACACACAUGCAUAAGUUGCACGCACACUCACAAUAUGUAUAAACAAAUGCUCACAUGACAAAAGUACACUCACACACACACACACACACACACACAUGCACGCAUAUGCACACACAUCGCGGAGACCAACUCUCCUGGACUUAGCUCCACCGUGCAGCUCUCUCCAGGGACGAAUGGGACGGACGGACAGACCCAGUCUCUCCUGGACUUAGCUCCACCGUGCAGCUCUCUCCAGGGACGAAUGGGACGGACGGACAGACCCAGUCUCUCCUGGACUUAGCUCCACCGUGCAGCUCUCUCCAGGGACGAAUGGGACGGACGGACAGACCCAGUCUCUCCUGUCCGCAAGACUUGUGAAUAAAGAGUGAUAGACGUGCAGACUGAAUCUGAGGACAUUGGGCAUGGACACGGACCGAGUGCUUGGACUCUGGGGUGGAACUCUGAGAGGUCUGUGUGUGUGUGUGUGUGUGGGGGGGGGGGGGGGGCGUUGUUGUUUGUAAAUGCUUAAAACAAAGAAACAAAAGGACUUCUGAUUCACCAGUAAAGCACGUCUUACUGGCGGAGGAGUUGCCGUGUGUGGGGUGUGCGUAGGGUUUUGUAGAGUUGAUGAGACGGUGGUGGUGGUGAUGAAGGAGGGUGGGGUGUCUGCAUCACAAUUGAAAACAGCACUUCUUUUUUUUUCUUCUUCUUCCUUUUCUUCUGCCUCUUCUUCUUCUUCUUCAUCUUCUACUCGUCCUCCUCCUUCCCCUCCUCCUUCUUCUUCUUCUACUCCUCUUCCUCCUCCUUCUUCCUCUUCUUCUUCUCCUCCUUCAGCCUCUUCCGCCUCCUUCUUCUUCUUUUUCUUCUUCUCCUCCCCCUCCUCCUCCUCCCCCUCCUUCCUCUUCUUCUUGAACAAUGCCCCUUUGCCUCAUAACAGCACCAUGACCAGAGGCAGGGCGGUCUUCAGAAGAAAGGCCCCUCACUGUACAGAGAGGAACCUCCUGCUGACAACCCUCCGAUGCCUACUGUGUAAAAAUCCGAGGAGAAUUUAAACGGAGGCCACGGAAUGAUGCCGUAGACAAAACACGCCACGGCACCCAGUGAGAUGAAAGCCAGCGCCACCGACACAGUUCAUGAACGGACACAUUUGGAAACGGUUUGGUUCACCCGUGUGUAAAGAUUGGCUCGGGUUCAGGUUCUCCAACCCGGGCCAGGUCACGUAAAGCGACGUCCUUUUAAGGGGGUACACACAGGCCCAUGCUCAGAAGAAAGUUUGACAAUAACCCCUACCCCCAACCUCCCCACUCCCCCGUACAAACCUCCCCAAACCCGAGGUCAUCAGACAAUGGAAACAGGCCGGUUGACUGAAAGAAUGAGGGGUGGAUUUAAGGACCGCAGUGGUUUGUGUGUCGUGGCCAAACGUGAGCGGGCGGAGCAACCGCCAAUGGGUUUAUGAGAUGGAAAGCAGGAACUCUUACCAGGGGACGGAAACACAAACCAUAUGGGUUCAUAUAUAUAUAUUUAUAUUUAUCCUCCUGUCUGAUAUUACUGUUUAGAAUAUAUAGGGUACACUGUAUGUGGUUUACCCCCCUCCCAAUUUGUCACCACAAUACUUGGCCCAAGGGUUGCUUGUUAAUAAUGAAUUAGUAUUCAAUGUAUUAUUAUUAUUUGAUGGCAUAUGGAGGUAUUGCCUUGGAGUGUCAUACCAGUGGGUGUGACGUACAGGUUUGGUUUGGUCCAAAAUGUAAUUAUUGGUAUGUCCUGGGAAAAAAGUACAUUUUCAGCAUUCGGCUGCUAUUGGAUUCCAUUAGGACCCCACAUUGUAUCUAUUAAGCACCAUGAACCAAACCAAACAGCAACUUAUACACAAUGUUUUAUGUUUCUCUUGAACUGUAUGUGUUAUUCUGUGUUUUUAAUGUUGUUCAUGUGUUAAAGAAAAGGCACGUGCAUUAAGAGCAACUAACAGUAAAAAGGCUUUACGUCAGUGCUUAUGAAGCAAUUAAACACUAUUUAAAGAACUAUUUGGACUAUUGUGAACAUCCGAGUGGUUCUCUGUGUGGAGGUAGCCCAAUGAAAGGGUUUGCAGGAGCAGACCAUUAUGUAUAUCGAAGAAAUAAGGUGUGAUUAUUUAAGUCAAUAAAUAACAUGCAUUCAAUCAUUGUUAAUGAGUAGAUAAUAAAUAUUUAAAAGAAGACCAAUUUUUGCAUCAUGGAAUCGGGGAGUAAUGUCCAGCAUGAGAUAGUUUCUUAAAUAAGUUAUAACUCUGAAUAAUAGUUUGGUCCGUUCUGGACCAAAGGAGUAUAAUCGUGUUUUUUCCACUGGUACUGCCACAAGACCACCACAGUGCAAGAAGAUCUAAGAUGUUUUAUUAUUAAUCAUGAGAAGAUUAUUAAGUUAUCUGCUCCUGCAAAGGAUGAAUACAUAUUUACUACACUGAUUCGACAAUAAAGUUCACAAUAUUUAUAACGA